AUGAAGAAGUUCAACUUGAAGAUCUGGAUUUUCCCCGAAGGAACACGAAAUCAUGCUGAUGGCAUGCUACCGUUCAAAAAAGGAGCAUUCAACAUUGCUGUUCGGGGUGGAUUCCCGAUUGUACCGAUUGUUCUGUCAAAUUACCGUCCAUUCUACUCGAAAAUUGAUCAUUACUUUAUGUCUGACGGCGAGGUGAUCGCACAAGUGCUCAGUCCGAUAAGCACCAAAGGGAAUACUAUUUUGGCAAGCAAGCAUCAAGAUGUCAAAAUCGAAGGAAAAUAA